CACUUCCGGCUCUGCCCAGGCUCUGCGGCCAUUGUCCAGCCCCCGUGCAGCUGAGACCGCCUUGGGCGGCCCAAAAGCAGAUCAGAGUCGGAGAGAAUCGAGCCUGCAGCGGGGGGCGGGAAGAGCCGGCCCAAGGCCCUGGGUUGGCCGGAGGUCGCAAAUCCGGACCCCUCCUCCGCCCCCGAACGUGGUGAUUCCGAGAGCGCGGAUCCGGGCGGCACCUCUGACGGGUUUGGCGGGUGUCUGCCGGGCCUCGCCCAUCACCCUGCGGGUGGGACUGGGCGUGGCCGGAGCCCCUGUCCGGGACCCGGGCCUUGGCGAGGCAGGAAUGGCCCCGAGACCGCCGACGGCUGCGCCUCAGGAAUCAGUGACGUUCAAAGAUGUGUCUGUGGACUUCACCCAGGAAGAAUGGCACCACAUCGACCCUGCUCAGAGGAGAUUAUACAGGGAUGUGAUGCUGGAGAACUACAGCCACCUGGUUUCUGUUGGAUAUCAAGUUUCCAAGCCAGAUGUGAUCUUCAAAUUGGAGCAAGGAGAAGAGCCAUGGAUAUCAGAGGGAGAAAUCCAAAGACCUUUCUGUCCAGACUGGAAGACCAGGCCUGAAGCUAAAUCAUCAUAUCUGCAGCAGAAUGUAUCAGAAGUACCCCAUAGCACAGAUAAUCUCUCACAUGCCACAUUAGAAGACUCCUGGGACGUUGACAGCCAGUUAGUGAGGCACCAGGAAAACUGGAAGAGACAUCUGGGGCCAGAGGCACCCACCCAGAAGAAAAUAAUCACACCACAAGAAAGUUUUGAGCAGAAUAAAUUUGGGGAAAACUCUAGAUUGAACACAGACAUGGUUACACAACUGAACAUUCCUUUUAGACUAGGACUUAGUGAAUGUGAGACACUUGGAAGCAAUUUGGGACAUAAUUCAGACUUACUUAAUCAGAGCAAUAUCCUUACAAAAAAGAAACCUUUUAAAUGUAAUAAAUGUAGAAAAGCCUUUAUUCAUAGAUCAUCACUUACUAAACAUGAGAAAACUCACAAAGGAGAGGGAGCUUUCCCCAAUGGUACAGAUCAGGGAAUUUAUCCUGGAAAGAAACACCAUGAAUGUACUGACUGUGGGAAAACCUUCCUUUGGAAGACACAGCUUACUGAGCAUCAGAGAAUUCACACUGGGGAGAAACCCUUUGAAUGUAAUGUGUGUGGAAAGGCCUUCAGGCAUAGCUCAUCCCUUGGUCAACAUGAGAAUGCUCAUACGGGAGAGAAACCCUAUCAAUGUAGUCUCUGUGGUAAAGCCUUCCAGCGUAGCUCCUCCCUUGUUCAACACCAGAGAAUUCACACCGGAGAGAAGCCCUAUCGAUGUAAUCUAUGUGGGAGGUCCUUUAGGCAUGGCACAUCCCUCACUCAACACGAGGUCACACAUAGUGGAGAGAAGCCCUUCCAAUGUAAAGAAUGUGGGAAAGCCUUCAGUCGUUGUUCUUCCCUAGUCCAACAUGAGAGGACUCAUACUGGCGAGAAACCUUUUGAAUGUAGCAUAUGUGGGAGGGCUUUUGGUCAGAGCCCAUCCCUUUAUAAACAUAUGAGGAUUCAUAAGAGGGGCAAACCUUACCAAAGCAAUAACUAUAGCAUAGAUUUCAAGCAUAGCUUAUCUCUUACACAAGAUGAAAGCACUCUAACUGAAGUGAAAUCCUAUCAUUGUAAUGACUGUGGGGAAGACUUUAGUCACAUUACAGACUUUACUGACCAUCAGAGGAUUCAUUCUGGAGAGAACCCCUAUGACUGUGAGCAGGCCUUUAGUCAACAACCUAUUUCUCAUCCUGGGGAGAAACCAUAUCAGUGUAAUGUAUGUGGAAAAGCUUUCAAAAGGAGUACAAGUUUCAUAGAGCAUCACAGAAUUCAUACUGGAGAAAAACCCUAUGAAUGUAAUGAGUGUGGAGAAGCCUUCAGUCGACGCUCAUCGCUUACUCAGCAUGAGAGAACCCACACUGGAGAGAAACCCUAUGAAUGUAUAGACUGUGGAAAAGCCUUCAGUCAAAGUUCAUCUCUUAUUCAGCAUGAGAGAACUCAUACCGGAGAGAAACCCUAUGAAUGUAAUGAAUGUGGACGAGCCUUCCGAAAGAAAACCAACCUGCAUGAUCAUCAGAGAAUUCAUACUGGAGAAAAACCCUAUUCUUGUAAGGAAUGUGGGAAAAACUUUAGCCGAAGCUCAGCUCUUACUAAACACCAGAGGAUUCAUGCACGAAAUAAACUUUAGAAACCCUGAAAUUGAAUGUGCAGAACACUUUAGCUAAAAUACUGUUCUGAUUCAGUAUCAGGAUUCUUACUAGAGAGGAAGCUUGAGAAUAUGAUGAAUCAUGUGUGUUUUUAUGUUGUGUGUGGAGAAAACUGUGCCAGUCAACAGAAUUUUGUUUAAUAAAUAAAAGCCACAUUCUCAGAUCUAAUCACAGACUGUUGUAAAACAACUACAAACACCAUAUGUAGCCAGUUGGAAAUGAUAUGCCUAUAUAUUGGACUUUAUAAAGCUUCUAAAUAUAUGCAGGAGAUCACCAAGUUUCAACAGCUUGACUUGUAACUCCCACUGUUGACAGCCUUUUAAAAACAUAAAACUCCUGCUAUAAUAACUGACUCUUAUUUUAAAAUUGUUUGACAACUGCACUCAACUGCAGCUCUUACAUUAACUUCACCAUGGAAACUAAUUCCACCUCCAGGAAUUCACCAUUCGAAGAAUUAGGUCAACUAGCUCAACCACUUCAUUGUACAGAUGAAGAUACUGAAAACCAAAGAUGUGAAGUGGUUUGCACAGUAUGAUACAACCUAAAUGGCAAAGCUGGGUUGAGAAUUCAGGUUUCCUGGAUCUUUGGCUCCAUGGCCUUGCCACUAAAAAGGUAUUUUGGAAUUCAGAGGGCUUUAAAAUAAUUUUUUUUUGAGACAGAGUCUUGCUCUGUUGCCCUGGGUAGAGUGCAGUGGCGUCAUUGUAGCAACUUCUUACAAGCUUACAACCAAAAAACAAACUGUAGAUAGUUGAACUACUGGUGACAUUUUCCCUUUUCCCAGUUGUAAUUAUUCUUCCAGCUAACAUGUCAGUUUCAUAGAACUAAUAAAUCCUUUUAUUGUGCUUUUUGUGGCAUACCCAUGAAAAAGCACUUCCCCAAACUUCCUGUAUCAGAUCAGUGGGAAAAUGACACAAAACUAAGAGAAAUUUUUCCCGGUUAAUUUUACUGUAGAGAAGUAUAAGUCCAGUUACCCAUUGCCAUAAAGUUUGUCUUUGACUCAGAGAAACACUAUGUACUGGCUCAUUUUGUGUGAAAAGGUAAUAUUUCACCAUUAAAAAAAAAGUGAACUUAUUUUAGCUCUGUGGUGCCUUUGCAUCAGUAAAGCAUGAGCUAAGCUUAAGUGGCCUGCUCUAUCCCCUAAUGGCCUAUCCUAAAGGAAUUUCCAGAACCUUUGUUGAUUCAUCACAGAGCAGAGAAAUUUGGAAGCAAUUGUGGACACUGGCCCCUUUCACACAAGAGCCUCUCCCUUCAAGAUAGGCAAAUUUUUCCAUCCCUAAUUAUGAAUCAUGGGGUGAAAUGAUGUCGCUAGUGUUGAUGGUGAACCUUACCUACUGGCUUCUUUUUGUGCCAGAUAGCAGCAUCCAUCACCCUUCUCUCAUCCUGGAUGGCAUGAGGCAGCUCUUAAGCGUUCUUCAUCCUUUGCAGGGAAAAAUGUGCAUGGGGGCUGAAAUGUCUGUGCCGACCAAUGAGUCUAUCACCUGUGAAGUACAAUGGGCUAUUCCAUAGCAUAUCUGCCCUUCUGAGAUGUUAACCACUAAAAAAAAAAAACUUUGUUUAUGAUACUCCAUGCUUAGCUCUCACACAAUGCCGAGACCAUGCUUGUGUUGUCUGAUAUGUAGUUGACAAUGGGUAAUUCUACUCAGACCCUCCCCUACUGAUUGGCUGGGAUGCAUGUCAGGAUCUUAUUUUGCUGCUGGUUGUUUGGGGGGUUCCCAUAGUGGCCUACUUGCAGGAAUGGCAUGAAUUGUAACCAACUGAGUGCUGCUCUGCUCCAUUGUUAUGGAGGUUUAUAAAAACUUAGGUCUAGAAGACCUAAAGGAGACCACUCAUGUGUGUUUGGGGUCUGGCCUGGAUCCAGCCACUACUCUGAAUUUCAGCACAUCUUCACUGACAGGGAGCGAGCCCAGGAUGUAUGUGUAGCUGAUUGAGCAGAGGGCUUUCCUAGUCCCAGCAGCCAUGCACCGUACACUUAUACAUAGCCUUUCAGAGCUACAGGAAACACAUCCUUGUAACAUCAUUGUAUUCUUUCAAUAAAUAGCCUUCUGAGUUGA